AUGGCGUCGUCAACUGUGCCGGCCAUCACUGUCGAGGACCCUGAGCCAGCGACAAACUCCCCCGAUGUCUCGCUUCAACAUCCCGAUGCGACGUCCCGCGAGCGAUCGCUGAGCAAUCUAACGGCGGUGGACAGCGAAUAUACCGGUCGCGAUCGAGCGAUGAGCGGCAGCACAAUGGCAGCCAGCAGCGCCGGGCUCGAGGUCCCGAAGGACAAGGGCAAGCCAUCGUCAAGUCAAGCGCCGAGCGUGUUUUCGGCCGACGAGCAGGGCGAGGCGCUGCGGCCAGACCCGGGGACCGAGGCAGAUUUCCAAGUCGACAAUAACCCAUUCGCGUACUCGCCGGGGCAACUGAACAAACUGCUGAAUCCAAAGUCGCUCGCGGCUUUGCUUGCACUGGGAGGAUUGUCUGGACUGGCGAAUGGGCUUCAUACGGAUAUCAGCACGGGUCUUAGCACGGAGGAGACAAGGGCAGCAGAUGAGAAACAUACUGCUGGUGCAGGGUCAUCAGGAAAUGACCUUUCCGACCGGAUCCGCGUGUUUAAACAGAACGUUCUCCCCGAGAGGAAAGCGACGCCGUUAUGGAAGCUGAUGUGGCUGGCCUACAACGACAAGGUUCUGAUUUUGCUGACUGCAGCGGCAGCGAUUUCGUUGGCGUUAGGAUUAUACGAGACAUUUGGAGUCGAGCAUGAGCCGGGCUCCGGGAUGCCAUUGAAUUGGGUCGAGGGAUGUGCGAUCUGUGUUGCAAUUGUGAUCGUGGUAAUGGUGGGCUCCUUGAACGACUACCAGAAGGAGCGCGCGUUCGUCAAACUCAACAAGAAAAAGGAGGACCGUGAGGUGACGGUGGUUCGGUCUGGCAAAUCGGUUAGGAUAUCGGUUCAUGAUGUAUUGGUUGGCGACAUUCUACAUCUGGAGCCUGGAGAUCUCGUCCCUGUUGACGGCGUCUAUAUCGACGGACAUAAUGUCAAAUGCGAUGAGUCGUCUGCCACUGGCGAGUCGGACCAGCUCAAGAAGACCGGCGCAGAACAAGCUCUUCGUCUACUGGAGCAGGGACACACCAAGCAGCAGGACAUGGACCCGUUCAUCAUCUCCGGCAGCAAAGUCCUCGAGGGCGUGGGAACGUGCCUGGUCACCUCCGUCGGCGUCAACUCCAGCUAUGGCAAGAUCCUCAUGGCGAUGCGCCAGGAUAUGGAGGCGACUCCAUUGCAGAAGAAGCUGGAUCGAUUAGCGAGUGCCAUUGCUAAACUAGGAGCCAGUUCUGCUAUCUUCCUGUUUAUGAUUCUGCUAUUUCGCUUUCUAGGAACCCUUUCCGAGAAUGGUCGCACUAGCACGGAAAAGGCAUCGCAGGUUAUUGAUAUCCUGAUUGUUGCUAUUACAGUCAUCGUCGUUGCUGUUCCUGAAGGCCUGCCACUGGCAGUGACUCUGGCACUGGCAUUUGCAACCACGCGCAUGGUCAAGCUGAAUAACCUGGUUCGAGUGCUGAAAUCAUGCGAGACAAUGGGGAAUGCCACAACAGUCUGCUCCGAUAAAACUGGGACUCUUACGACAAAUAAAAUGACAGUCGUGACUGGGACGUUUGGAGAUGAUGACUUUGACGACAAGAACCAGACUGGAAAAGAACACCGCUCAACUGCUUUUGCAAGCUCCCUCACGCCGGAACAGAAACAGGCAAUUAUUGAAUCUGUUGCAAUCAAUUCGACCGCGUUUGAGGGCGAGGAGAACGGCAUGCCUGGGUUCAUUGGCUCCAAGACCGAGACUGCACUGUUAGGGUUUGCCCGUGAUGUCCUGGGAAUGGGAUCCCUCGCAGAGGAACGCGCCAAUUCGACAAUUAUCCAGUUGAUGCCCUUUGAUUCCGGCCGGAAAUGCAUGGGGGCCGUCAUUCGAUUGCCAAAUGGGACAUACAGAUUCCUUGUCAAGGGCGCUUCGGAGAUCCUACUGGGAUACAGCUCAACUGUCUGGAUGCCAACCGGGCAGAUUGAACUCGAUUCUAGCGAACGUGAGAGACUGGAGCAGGUUAUUCUAGACUACGCAAAGCAAUCCCUGCGCACAAUCGCCUUGGUCUCUCGAGACUUUGCAGAAUGGCCGCCGAAACACGCACUCAACCCCGAUGACUCGUCCGAGGCAGACCUUGGCCGUCUCCUAUCUGACAUGGCUUUCAUGGGAGUUGUUGGUAUCCAAGAUCCCAUCAGGCCCGGUGUCCCCGAGGCCGUGGCAAAGUGCCAUCAUGCUGGGGUGACGGUUCGCAUGGUCACCGGUGACAAUAUGGUCACGGCCAAAGCCAUCGCAACCGACUGCGGCAUCUAUACCGACGGAAUUGUCAUGGAGGGACCUCACUUUCGUACCCUGUCAGACGCCGAAUUCGACGAUGUUUUACCUAAACUGCAGGUCCUUGCGCGCUCUUCACCAGAAGACAAACGGAUUCUUGUUACCAGAUUAAGAGACCUGGGAGAGAUUGUCGCAGUGACAGGAGACGGCACCAACGACGGCCCGGCACUCAAGGCGGCCAACAUCGGGUUUUCUAUGGGCAUUUCAGGCACAGAGGUUGCCAAAGAGGCCUCGGCCAUUGUUCUCAUGGACGACAACUUUGCCAGUAUUCUCACAGCCCUGAUGUGGGGACGCGCUGUAAACGACGCCGUCCGCAAGUUCCUGCAGUUCCAGAUCACCGUCAAUAUAACUGCUGUCCUCCUGACUUUCAUCUCAUCCGUGGCGGAUGCGGAGAUGCGCUCUGUCCUGACGGCAGUGCAAUUGCUGUGGAUUAACCUCAUCAUGGACUCUCUCGCAGCCCUUGCAUUAGCAACUGACCCUCCAACCGAAGAAAUCCUCGACCGCAAGCCCAUAAAAGGCGGCGCCCCUCUAAUCUCAACCACAAUGUGGAAGAUGAUAAUCGGACAGUCCAUCUUCCAGCUCAUCGUAACCCUAAUCCUGCACUUCGGCCCCAGGGAGCAAUUCCUCGACUACCCAGACGAAGUCCGCCGCUCGGUCGUCUUCAACACCUUUGUCUGGAUGCAGAUCUUCAACGAGUUCAACAACAGACGGCUGGACAACAAGUUCAAUAUCUUCACUGGUCUGCACAGGAACUGGUUCUUCAUCGGGAUCAACUGCAUCAUGGUCGGGUGUCAGGUCGUCAUUGCAUUCUACGGUGGUGCUGCAUUCAGCAUUGUGCGCAUCCACGAUGAACAGUGGGCGAUUUGUAUUCUCGUCGCCGCCAUCUCUCUCCCCUGGGCUAUUGUUGUGCGGACAUUCCCCGAUCCCUGGUUCCACGCCAUUGCGAAGUUUGUCGGAACUCCGGUCGUACUUGUAUACCGUCCUUUGAGUCGUGGAAUGCACCGACUAGGAGGGAAGAUGAAGACUCUGCGAAGGAAGGAUGACCAGGACAGCUCAGAAGAUGAAGCUGAUCAGGAUUCCAGAGACAACGGCUUCAACCCAGAGACCGAGAAGCCCGACGAUAGAAAUGUCUGA